GAUAGGGAUUGGAGGUAGGAAAAUAACUGGAUGCCUCGUGAGUUGGAUUUUUUUUUUUCCCCUGGUAGGAGUGAGGCGGUGUUAAGUGCGAGGCAUUUGGUGAGGAAAGGACUGUUGUUUUUGUUCCAAACCCUUCCAAGUCAAACUGCUAUUGGACUUUUCCUAACUCUAAAAUGGCUUCAAAAUUCCCAGCUCCAUAACUUAGCUCUCCUGGCGCCCUCCUUUUGGACAGGUGGUUUUCUUGGAAUGUCGGAAGGUUUACUCCUUUACGGUUGUACGUUUCAAACGGAAAUCAUUGCUCACCCCAAACAUGGUUUUGUAAAGACAGUUUGGAUUACUGCCCAAAUUCAGGCUCUAGGAGAUUUAUUUUAAAUGAGUGAUGGGCUUCGCAGGGGAUCGAAAACUAUAAAUGGGAAUUAUGUUCUUAAUGAUAAAUUUUAUAGGGGAAACUGACCCUAAAACUUGGGGUGUCUGUAAUUCUAUGCCCAGUAAAGUAUCAGUCUGGAAGUUUUGUAAACCCCGGGAGCACGUGGAAGGUUUUCGUUUAGCUCCAAAGGCUUCAAGCUUAGAAAAGUUUGUUCCAGAAACUUCCAGUGGUACCAAGUACUAUAAAUGCUAGUGAUUUAGUACAGUUUAUUUUAUCACUUUAGGUCUGCAAUGAGACAGUAAUGAGCAGUAGCAUAUUUUAUCAAUGAUGUGUGUGUGUACUAGUUUGUUGGGCGGGGUGUUUGCUUUCUAGGAAAUAGCACUGAAUUAAAACAUCAGAAAACUUUCCACUGCUCUCUUGUAGAAAAUGAGCCUUGCUGUGUUUAACAGCCAUUCCAGUUUUCAAGUUGUGUUCUUUAGAGAGGCUUCCUGUUAGUUUUGGAUCAUGUCGUGUACUUCUGGCUCAGAGUGAAAACCUGUUUUUCUAAAAUUGAACUUAGCAUCGUAAAGAAUUUCAUCAAAUGCAUAUCCACCAAUGUCCUUUUCAUGAAAAGUAUCUGUUAGGCAUAUUAUUUUUCUUUGUGAGAUAGCAAAAGAUUGGCAAAAGGUCUUCCUGAAAAGUCACUUUAGCCAGGGCAUUUAAUUUCUAAACCAUAGUACUUCCUGGUUGAUAGGUGAAGUGACUAGUUUUCCUGUAACGCUGCCGGCUAGAAGAACGUUUGGGACUUUUUACUCAAGAUGGCACUGUGUCCUGUGGCUCUGUAAAGAAACCAGCCGCGCAGGACAGGGAGGGGAGGAGCCCGGCGGUGAGGUGUGUGCGCCCAAGAACCAUGUCUGCGCGGGAGUCCUUUAACCCGGAAAGUUAUGAAUUGGACAAGAGCUUCCGGUUAACCAGAUUCACCGAACUGAAGGGCACCGGCUGCAAAGUGCCCCAAGAUGUCCUGCAGAAAUUGCUGGAAUCCUUACAGGAGAACCACUUCCAAGAAGAUGAGCAGUUUCUUGGAGCAGUUAUGCCAAGGCUUGGCAUCGGGAUGGAUACCUGUGUCAUUCCUCUGAGGCACGGCGGUCUUUCCUUGGUUCAAACCACAGAUUACAUUUAUCCCAUCGUCGAUGACCCUUACAUGAUGGGCAGGAUAGCCUGUGCCAACGUCCUCAGCGACCUCUACGCCAUGGGGGUCACAGAGUGCGACAACAUGCUGAUGCUCCUGGGAAUCAGCAAUAAGAUGACCGACAGGGAAAGGGAUAAAGUGAUGCCCCUAAUUAUACAGGGUUUUAAAGAUGCAGCAGAGGAGGCCGGAACAUCUGUAACCGGCGGCCAAACAGUGCUAAAUCCCUGGAUUGUUUUAGGAGGUGUGGCUACAACUGUCUGCCAGCCCAACGAAUUUAUCAUGCCGGAUAACGCAGUGCCAGGCGACGUGCUCGUGCUGACCAAGCCCUUGGGGACGCAGGUGGCUGUGGCCGUGCACCAGUGGCUGGACAUUCCUGAGAAGUGGAAUAAAAUCAAGCUGGUGGUCACCCAGGAGGAUGUGGAGCUGGCGUACCAGGAGGCGAUGAUGAACAUGGCCAGGCUCAACAGGACAGCGGCGGGACUCAUGCACACGUUCAACGCCCACGCGGCCACUGACAUCACGGGCUUCGGGAUCCUGGGCCACGCGCAGAACCUGGCCAAGCAGCAGAGGAAUGAGGUGUCCUUUGUGAUUCACAACCUCCCAGUCCUGGCCAAGAUGGCAGCCGUGAGCAAGGCCUGCGGGAACAUGUUUGGCCUCAUGCACGGGACCUGCCCAGAGACAUCAGGAGGCCUUCUAAUCUGUUUACCGCGUGAGCAAGCAGCUCGGUUCUGUGCAGAGAUAAAGUCCCCCAAAUACGGUGAAGGCCACCAAGCAUGGAUUAUUGGGAUCGUGGAGAAGGGUAACCGCACGGCCAGGAUCAUAGACAAACCCCGGAUCAUCGAGGUCGCGCCACAGGUGGCCACCCAGAAUGUGAACCCCACACCUGGUGCCACCUCUUAAUCUAGGCCGAGGCAGCUGUGUGGUUUUGUUUUUAAAUAGCUCUAUUUCCUUUAUCAUCAUUUCAAUUAAAGACUAUAAACAACAAUGAAAAAAAUCUCAUUGUGUCUACACAUCUGGUGACCUUAGGUCGAUUUGUGAGUGGAUGCAAUUAAUCAAAUAAAAUCCAUUGCCUUUUUUUCCCGUUACAUUAACUGAAGAUGCACCUGAUCUUGAGGCAGCUUCUGAGUUGAGAAUUAUAUUGUUAUCCAAUACUGUUGAUUCAUUUUGAAUCUUUAGACACUUAUCUCUUGCCGAGUAGGCUCUUUUUAAAGGUGCUUUCACGUAGCACGGACAUUACCCAUCGUAGUGUCAAACAGCAGUUUGUGUCUUUUCAUUUUGUGUAUAUUUAUCAGUAUCAGUCUGAUCCUUUUUGAAGUGUCUGGAAUGGUAUUCUGGAAAGACAGAAUUGGUGAGUGAGUGACAAAAUGGUACCCCAGUAGCGAGAGGGUUGCGUGAGUCCUUUGAGUCUUCUAAUUCCAGAGCAUCUCUUUGACCCAAGAGUGCAUUCAGUUAAACCAGGCAAGUGCUUAACUCUGCAUGGGAAGCACUUUGAAGACUAAAAAGAAAUGUUACUUCUUUGUUUUGUAGCCUUCCUAAUACUUACAGUAAUAUCAUUAACUGUUUUCUUUAUCAAUAGCAAAAAAGGACACUUUCUGCAAUGUAAUUAGAUGUUCGAUAGCGCAGCAAGGAAUUGCCCUCCGAAAGGGGGUUCGUGUAUAAUACUCAUUUACAAGUCAACAUAUAAUUAGCUACACAAAUAAUUUUUAAAUAUAAUCAAAAAUAAAGACUGUUCUGUGGAUAGUAGUGUUUAAUACAUUUUAUAUUUUGUAUGGUGAUUUCAGGCCUUUUGAUUUCUUAAAAUCAGCGGCUAUUUAGCCUGAUCCUUAGCAUUACUUUGUCCUUUGCGCCAGUACUUUUCCGUGCACGCUUCCUGUGAUCUGUGUGGAAACGCGUAUCGCCAGCUGUGCAGCUCGGACUUCGACUUGUUAUUCAAAUAAAUAUUUAAUUUUUUUUAUUGCUCUUGUAUAAUCAGAUGCCCCUUUUAGUAUUAUUUUAGAAGCAUCGGGAGGGUUUUGGCUAAAAUACAGUUUAUUGGGGGAAAACUAGAUUUUAGUUUUAUAAACUUUUAAGUCUUUCACGGGACCUAUAUUUUCUUGAGGUAAAUUUUGUAGUUCUAGAACAAAUAGGCAAUCUAAAAAGGUGUUUAUCGGUGUUAACUUAAAAACAGAGGCUUCCUUAUACUUUCACCUAUGGAAUGCGUAGGGGGGGGCUCCUGUCCUCAAGCACAAGUGCACUGAUUCCUCACGUGUCUGCGCUGGAAGCUUCUGAGCGCUUCCUGCCUGCAGGCGCCGAAGCCGAGAGAACAGCCAGACUUCUUGCCAAAGGAAACCACCACCUGGGAGACGAAGCCCUGGAAGAGGCUCCACCCUGGACGCGUCCUUCUUCAGGGGCCAAAGCGCAGCCUCUUCGCACGUGUUACUGGAACUCAAGCCAUAAGUUCGGUGCGCGGGACCGAGGGGCUGCCGCAGAACUGAAAUUAAUUGGACGUUUUAUAGGAAUUGAAACCCAUGUUGGUCCUCAAAAGCUACAAGCAGGUGGUCUGCAAAAUAAAAUGUGUUGGAAACCUGAGUAAGAGAAA